AGAAAGUUUAUUUAAGUUUGAACAGACAAAAAUAUCUUUGUUGCGGGGAGCUAAGCCCUUUUAUUUAGCGGUCAUACCGACUUGGAGCACCGAAGCCCAUGCGCUUUCCUAGGCUUCCCGCGAAAUCCUCAACGGUCAAAAACCACCCCUUAACCACCGACCUUUGCUGAAACACCGCCUUCUUCCUUCUUCCUUCUCCUUCUCGUCUUAUUCUUUUUCUUCAAUGUUUCUCCUCUGAUCCUCUGCUCUCUCUAAGCGGAUUCCGAAUCACCGGACUCCGCUAUGGAAGAUGAAUACAGCAAUUCUCACGCCGGCCUCCAAGUUCCGCCCCUUCCGGCGACGACCCUCCUACGCGCCCAUCACCUCCGACCUCAACCCCUACCACAUUCUCUGGCGCUACCAAAUUCUCGAGCCCGACGGCGACAUCGUCACUUAUUGGAACCACGUCUUCCUCGUCACCUCUCUCAUUGCCCUUUUCCUCGACCCUCUCUACUUCUUCCUCCCCUCCGUUGGCGGUCCUGCCUGCCUCACCAGUGACACCAGCCUCGGUAUUGUUGUUACCUUCUUCCGUACUGUUUCUGAUCUCUUUUACUUGCUGCAUAUGGUGAUGAAGUUUCGGACUGCUUUCGUGGCUCCCAGUUCGAGAGGCCUUGGUCGCGGUGAGCUGGUUAUGGAUGCUCACACGAUCGCUAUGCGUUACUUGAAGUCUGAUUUUAUUAUUGAUUUAGCUGCCACUCUACCGCUUCCUCAGAUUGUCAUCUGGUUGGUAAUACCUGCAACAAAAAAAGACAGAGCAGAUCAGACCAACAACACUCUUGCUCUCAUUGUACUCAUUCAAUAUGUUCCUAGACUGUUCCUUAUUUUCCCUUUGAAUCGUCGGAUCAUAAAAACUACAGGAGUUGUUGCUAAGACUGCUUGGGCAGGAGCUGCUUACAAUCUCCUUCUUUACAUGCUAGCCAGUCAUGUAAGGAUCCAGUCUCCCAAUAGACCCUUACUCCACUGUUUUGUUCCCUUUAACUGGGUAUUAGGAGCUUCUUGGUAUCUAUUGUCCAUGGGCCGACAGCACGCCUGCUGGAAAGCAGAGUGUGCAAAAGAAAGUGCAGCAGGAAUUUCAUUUUGUCUCCCUAGUUUUCUGGACUGUAAAAGUUUGGAACUAGAAGAACGGCAGUAUUGGAUGAAUGCUACUCGAGUAGUUGCUAAUUGUGAUGCUAGAGGGCAUGAUACAGAAUUUAAGUUUGGAAUGUUUGCAGAUGCUUUUACUAAUGAUGUUGCUUCAUCAAAAUUUAUUGAGAAAUACUUGUAUUGCCUCUGGUGGGGAUUAAAAAAUUUAAGUUCAUAUGGACAGACUUUGGAAACAAGCAUUUAUAUUGGCGAGACAACAUUUUGCAUUGUUAUAUGCAUUGGGGGUUUAGUUCUAUUUUCACAGUUGAUUGGAAACAUGCAGACCUAUUUGCAAUCUAUGACGGUAAGACUUGAAGAAUGGAGGGUUAAGCGAAGAGAUACAGAGGAGUGGAUGAGGCACCGUCAAUUGCCUCCAGCUUUGCAAGAACGGGUACAUCGGUUUGUGCAGUACAAAUGGCUUGCAACAAGAGGAGUUCAUGAAGAAUCAAUUUUGCAUUGGUUGCCCCUGGAUCUCCGUCGUGAAAUACAAAGGCACCUAUGUCUUGGCCUUGUCCGCCGUGUGCCUUUCUUUGCACAAAUGGAUGACCAGCUUCUUGAUGCCAUUUGCGAACGCCUCACCUCAUCCUUGAGUACUGAAGGCACCUAUAUCUUUCGAGAGGGUGAUCCAGUAAAUGAGAUGCUGUUUAUCAUUAGAGGACAACUGGAGAGCUCCACAACCAAUGGGGGAAAAUCAGGAUUCUUCAACUCCAUCACCCUUAGACCUGGUGAUUUCUGUGGCGAGGAAUUACUGACAUGGGCCUUAAUGCCUAACCCGAGCAUAAACUUGCCGUCUUCUACUCGAACUGUAAGGUCUCUUUGUGAAGUUGAAGCUUUUGCACUAACAGCUGAAGACCUCAAAUUUGUUGCAAGUCAGUUCAGGCGACUUCACAACAAGAAACUCCAGCAUGCCUUCAGGUACUAUUCUCAACAAUGGAGGACAUGGGGUACUUGCUAUUUACAAGAUGCUUGGAGAAGAUAUAAAAAGAGAAAGCUGGCAAAGGAGUUGGCUAGACAAGAGAGCUACAACUAUAUGCUGAUCCCUGAUCAAGAGUAUAAUAUUAGUGAUGAGCCAUCAGAUGGAAAUUUUGUGGUUGGAAGAGACGAGAACGCAUUAACAGACAAUCCAAACAAUGUUCAACAUCUUGGUGCCACGAUUUUAGCUUCAAAAUUUGCUGCAAAUACGAGAAGAGGGGUUGCUCAGGAGGUUCGGGUGGUAGAGCCUGCUGCUCCUAGCUUGAAGAUGCCCCGGCUGCUAAAGCCAGAUGAACCUGAUUUUUCUGUAGGCCAUGAGGAUGUUUAGUUAGUACAAGAACCAGUUGAUCAGAAAAAGAUUGAAGGAGCUAACAAGAGAUCAGUUAGGAUUUUCUUUACGACUUUUGUGUAAAUUUUACCAUAGACUAGUAAUGUAUGUCACACUCCCAAUUCUCUUCUCCUUGUACCUUUCUUGUUUCUCCUCCUGAUAAUUGCAAAACUAAUUCUUCCUUCACAGAUUGUAUACCAUUCUCUGACAGAUUUAAACUGUUGAAUAUGAGUACAUUCAUACU